AUGAGUAAACAGAUCAAUUAUAGAACUGAAUGUACAGGUGAAGCAUUGAAAACCGUCAACGCUCACAAAGAAGCCAAAUCAGAUCAAUACGGAGAAGCAUUAACCUUGUACGGUUCAAACUUUUGUCCAUUCGUUCAACGUGUGUGGAUCGCAUUGGAACGAUUGGGCGGGGUUGAAUACAGAUACGUCGAGAUCGACCCGUACAAAAAGCCAAAAGAGUUGCUUGAUGUCAAUCCAAAAGGACUCGUGCCAGCACUCAAAAUUGGUCAAGAUGGAAAAUGCUUAGGCGAAAGUACGGUGAUCUUGGAUUAUUUGGAGGAUCGAUACGGAAAUGCGAAAGAGAAGAACUCGUAUUUACAACCAAGAGAAGACCCGUACUUACGUGCACGUCAACGACUAGCAGCAGAUCACAUCAAUCGCAAAUUGCUUCCCGCUUUCUACCGAUACUUGCAAGCACAGGAGCCUAAAGAUCAAGUGCAAUUAGGACAAGAAUUCGUGGAAGAAUUAAAAGCGUUUGAGAAGAGUAUGCUACCGGCCAAGAACGGCGGAUUUUGGGACGGAAGCGAUCAACUCGGAUUUGUGGAUAUUCAAGUCGCGCCUUGGAUCCUGAGAGCUGAUAACGUGUUGGGCCACUAUCGUGGAUUGCAGCUCGAUAAAGUCUUUAAUGAAAGCAGUAGAUUUGGUCAAUUCAAGAAAGCACUUUACAAUGAUCCUUCUUUCAAGGCUACAACUUCUACUGAUGAUCUUUACGUUGACUCUUAUGCCCGUUAUGCUGAAAAUCGACCCGGCACUUCACAGGUUGCAGAUGCAAUCAAUUCAGGUCGCGGUCUACCAUGA